AUUUUAAAAAAAAUUUAAAAACUUCAAAAAAACUCCUUCGUUUUUGUUUAAGAACAAUAUAUAUAUGUAUAUUUUCGCUCUCUUCUCCUCUCUUUCUCUUGGAGUAUUUAGUGUUUAAUUAUGAUUAAAAAAAUUAAAGAAAAAAUAAUUUAACAGCGGAGCGCACUUACGACACACAACUGGCAACGAAUGACAACGAACACAACAUCGUCGCAAGUGCUACAGCCAUUUUGUACUUUGCAUUCAGUUGAGGAAAAUGUGUAGCGAUUGCCAGACUGAGCCAUUCAGCAAGUCAGCAAAUACAUAGUUGUUUGAAAAAGUAGUUGCUGAAUUCAUAAAAAUACUCAGAAUAUGAAAGUGAAUGAUGUAAUCAGAAAGAAUCCCUUGCCGGUAGAUGUGACAUGGCAACUCUAGCUUGCCUUAACUUUUACAAUAUGAAUUUCAACAAAUUCAUUUAAUCCAAUUUAUUAAAAUGAUAAUCCUAAUGAAGUGUGCACUUUAUCUAAGUGCCUUAACCAUUUGCGGUGUAUAUGCACAGGAGGUUGCAGGAAAAAUUGAGCAAGAAAGAAACCACCCAUCGGAAAUAAAUGAGACUCCCGAAGAAUUCCAUGAAGAGCUUUACGUGCAGCCAAUGGCGUCCGGCUUUGUAAAUACUUAUUUUCAGUUUACAACCAAAUGGUUCUAUAAGAAAGAGGAAAAUUUGCAUAACAUCCGCUUGGUACCGAGGUCCAUAGCAGAAAUCUUACUUCAAUACGACAUUAAGGAAUUGCAUAUAAGUCUAACUCAAGGCUUAUGGCGUUACGAAUCGUGGGGUUAUCCCAUUAAAAGUGCUCCGCCAGGUGCUGAAGUUUGGGCUUGGUUCGCUGCAGAAAAUUUAGAUUCUGAUCAGGUAGACGAUCAGUGGACGCGUGUAGCUAGUACACUUUCCGGCAUUUUAUGUGCUUCUCUUAAUUUCAUUGAUCACACCAACACUUUAAUACCCAAAUAUGGUUUCCGUCCUCAGUUUAUAAGCGCUGCCGGUCAGAAUUUUACUAAGCAUUUGCGGUAUUCCAGUUUGCCCCGUGAAAUAGUGUGUACGGAAAAUCUAACCCCUUGGAAAAAAUUGUUGCCUUGCAAUAGUAAAAACGGUUUUGCAUCCUUGCUGAAUUCCGUUAACGUUUACAAUACAAACUACCACUCGUUGGGUGUAAGAGUUCGCACAUUUUGUCUACAUAAAAACGAGUGCUUUUUAGAAUUUAUUGAAUCGGCGAAUUUAGUUUAUGAUUCUAAAAUGUUAACAGUAUCUAAUUCUAAUGAUUUUUCUUUACGCCGUCUAUUCGGCCAAGGUUUAAACGGUCAUUGCCCUUUGGCUAAAAGCAGUAAAGUUUAUGUGAAUCUAAAUUCCCCUGUCAACUAUGAGCUAAAUCCUGCGCCCCAGUAUAAUGUGAGUUCGGUCAGAGGUAGCUUCACUUCACAUUACGGUGUUUACGACAUACAACGAUUAAAGGGUCAAAGAUUAUUUAAUAUUGCUUGGUUUCAGCGAAAAGCUUCGAACUCUCCAUUAACCCCUCCUCCUCUGUGCGUUCAUCGUUACAUUGUUGGUCAAGGUCAAGAGAGAGGCAAACUUGUUACUCAAUUGGCCAAUACUCACUACAGCACUUUGCGAGUAAUACUUCAAGAAAAUAUACCUUGGUUUAUGCCCAUUUAUAUGCACACACUCAAAAUUCGCAAUCAGCGAACUGCCGAGCUUAUUAAACCUAAAACGAUCAAUUAUUAUCCAGGUGUGCAAAGGAAACGCCCUUACCAUUUAGAACUGCUUUUUUAUUUACCUAGUCAAACGUCGGUGGAAAUCUCGUUUGAUUUCGAUUACAUAUUUCUUAAAUGGCUGGAAUAUCCACCGGACGCUAAUCACGGCCAUUAUGUAGGAUCCGCUGUGAUAACAACUCAAUUGCCUUUGGCUCGUAACUAUACUGCCAUACCAGCGUGGGGAACAAUUUUUGCCGAUUCAUUUAACGCAUCAGAAAGCUAUUAUCUGCUUCAACUGCGUACUGAAUCUUUGUUACUAUCAUUGCCUACACCUGACUUCAGCAUGCCAUAUAAUGUUAUCUGCUUAGCUUGUACUGUAGUGGCGUUAGCUUUUGGACCCAUUCAUAGUAUUGCUACUAAACGUAUUAUUAUCGAGGAAAAUGCAGCAGCGUCCGCUACGUUUUACACGAAAAUUCUGCAGAAACUGAAAAGAAAACCGAAAACCUCUAUAAAACAAGUGAUCAGCAAGAGAAAGGACGACAAUCAACAAUUGACAGACAUCGAAACAGCGAUUCUACAGAAUCCUGACAAUGCAAACAGCAAAUCGAAGGAGAAGUCCAUGUAGAGACUGAUAACAAUGUAUUAUUUAUGGUCUUUAAUAUAUUCCAGGCUAUGUUGCUUUUCUCAUGAGGUCAUAAAAAAUUUGUUUAAAAAAUAUAAUAAAAUUUUAUAUUUAUAAAGAUCAAAUUAACUAAGUCAGAAAUUAAAACACAAUCCGUGAUGGACAAACCAGUCAUACCAGCAAAAAUUCAUUUUAGUAUAAAUUUAAAACUAUUUUUAUAUUGUUUUGUCGAUAUUUUAUUGAAGAUUAUAUGAAAUAUUCUUAAUUUUAUAUGUUAAUCAUUUCGUUUUCAUGAUUUAGUUUAUGCUGGGUAUCUAGGUAAGUAAAUCGUUUAUUACUUUAAGUAAGACAAUGUGGUCUUGUUGUAUUGAAUAUUUUAAUUAUGUGGAUGAAAAUAAUCGUCGAGGUGACGAUAAUCAUAAUAAGUAUACGAUAUAUAGCAAAGAGCGAGAACAUUAAUUAUAUCCUAUAUAUUGUGAAUGAGUUGUUCGAAAAUUGUUUCAUAUAUUCUCUAAUACUUAAAUUAUUGACACAUUAAAGUUCAUACUUAUGCAAGUCAUAUGCUUCGAGCCUUAUCGGCUAGCAUCUUUAGCAACACUU